AAAGAUCGUGCGCUACGUCACUAAUUGGUAAUGAAUAUGUAUAUAUCUGUCACGUGGUCGAUGCUCAUGCAAACAAUCAACAAUAAUAAUGGCUUCUACACGAGAUUUUAUAAAAAUUGAUCUGACUGCUGAAGAUAUUCCAGGGGCUAAACUUGACAUAAAUAAAUUAGAAGAUUAUAGCAAUAUGCAGCUUAAACGAUGGUUAGAAUGCAGAGGUAUUAAAUCAUCAGGAAACCGAACUGAACUACUUAAAAGAUGCAAUGAUGUAAUCAAUUCCGGCAGGGUAGAUCAAAUUGAUAUCAACAUUGAUCAAGGGAAGUGGUACGAUAUAAAACUUGGAAAGGUCAAACCAGAAAGUGUUAAAAAAAAUCAACCUGCUAUCCCACCAGUAUUAGGAUGGAAAACUUUUCCGUCUAGACCCAUACCGGUCAAUUUUAAUUAUGGGCACAUAUACCAUUAUUUACUGGAGAGCGUUGUCCUUUUAGGAGAAGACGGGAAGCAGGAGGAUACGGACUUGUCACACAUGACUUCCAAGCCUCUCACAAAAGGAGAACAAUAUGUCAAAAGUGGAAGUGUGACAAAUAUAAUGGACAAUUCAAAGGGUUCAGACUUAUAUUUUAUAAAGGGGAAAGUUGAUGCAUCUAUGAGAAAAGAGCACAGAAUUGUGCACAUAACAUUGUCAUCAAUUAGUGGAGCUGUUUUAGAUGCAAGUUGUACCUGUCCAGCAUCUUGCCUAGGACGAUGCAACCAUGUAGCAGCACUGCUGUUAAUGUUGAAUAAGCACUGUAAAGAAUCAGGCUAUGAUGCAACUGCGUGUACAAGUAAGCCAUGUGAAUGGAACCAGGGGAAAAAAUCAAACAAGAAUCCUUCAAAAAUAACAGAAGCAGCAUAUUCAUACUAUAAAUCUAGACCAACAAAGCUGAGCACUUUUGAUCCUAGGCCACAGAACCAAAGAAACAUUAGCAAAGAGACAAAAAAUUCUUUUAUAAUGGAAAUGCAAUAUAAUUCUUUAAGAACUAGCAAGCCCUCUAUGUGGGGAACCUUGCUCUCCUCUCAAUAUGAAGAUUAUAGUUUAGAAGAAGAACGAGUAGAUCAGCUUGAAAGUUUAUUUUGGAUCAUGUUUGAUAAUCUACGUGAUGAAGGUAAACAGUACCCUACAGCUGCCUACAUGAUACCAAAUACUGAACAACAAUCAGAAUCUGAUACUUGGAAAUCCAAUAGAUGGUUCCGGAUCACUGCCUCAACAUCAAAACAAGCAAGCAAUCUUGGAAAUAUCUUAAACACUGAAACCCAGUAUUGUGAUUCUACCAAACGCAAACUAUUCAACUUUAUUUCAUAUAACAUCUGGGCUUUACAUACAUUUUCUACACCAGACACUGUAUAUGGUAUUGAAAGUGAAGAGCAAGCCAGAGCUGAUUAUUUAAAAUAUAUGGCAGGAAAAAUACAAGAUUUCAGAGUCAUAAAAACAGGCUUCUGGAUAAAUAAACUAUGGCCAGAAAUAGGAUGUUCACCUGAUGGUCUUGUUUUUGAUCCAGAAGAAAAUAUGAAAUAUGGUUUACUUGAAUUAAAAUGUCCAAAACUAUUUCGCAAAGUGGCACCUUCUGAUUUAUUUAUGGCUCUGAAAGAUAAAAAAAUAUUGAAUAGCGAGUUAUAUUCAGCGUGUUUCUCUCGCCCAACCUCUGAGAAUGCUUCUUUGGAACUUAAAACUCACCAUGCAUACUAUUAUCAAAUUCAACUCCAGCUUGCAGUUACAGGACUUGAAUGGUGUGACUUUGUGUUAUGGUCAUCUCUUGGUAAGCCAAAUGUAGAGAGAAUAAGACGAGACCAGCAGCUUAUAACUAGUAUGAUAGGAAAUAUAACAACCCUUUGGCGACGAGUUAUUGCCCCUGAGCUGUUUGAAAUGAGGGUUCCUAGGAAACUGUUUCCUAUUAUUUUAAAAGACAUUAAUACACCAGUAAUACUUCAAGUCAAUAAAUAG